UCUGGCGAGUGUGGAUGCGUUCCGAGCAGAACCCGCGUCCAAACAAAAAUUCAAUUCUGCCCAAUGCAACCCGCAACACCGAUACAAAAAGAGAAAAAAUAGGAAACAAACCAACUCGAAGUGCAAUAUUAUUUGUCACACGAAAUAAAGCUUAAAGUGCUAAGGCGGCAGAGCAAUAAUCGCUGCCCAUAAAAGUUCAGUGUUGUAAAGCCAGUUCGAAAAUCUCUGUACUCGGCAGGAUAUCUUCAAAAUCCAAACUUUGGAAAAAAAUCCAAUACAGAUAUAUCUGUGUAUAUGUAUAAUGUAUGUGCGUGUGCGUGUGCCUGUGGUGGUGCAAUAAUUGUGAGCGCCAAAAAGCCGAAGAGACGAGGCCGCGCAGCCAAAUAAAUCUCUCGUCUCUCGUUUCGCGCUUCUCGUUUUCGCGUCGUUUUCUCCAGCUCGAAAGUCGCGUAGUAAAAAGUGUCGGCAAAUCUGCGCCUGGCUGCACCACCCACCCACUAAAAACCUCUUGGCCACUUUGUUUUUGGUCAAAUCCUUCGCCAUUCGGGCUUCGAAAUUCGAAAUUGCGAAUUUGGCGCGCACGGGAGCAUCAAGUAAAAAUACUAACGAACUACAAACCACAUAUCCAACUACCAGCUCAAUUAACACUUGUCGUCUAAAAACAAAAGCGAUUAAAAUAGUUUUUCAACCAUGUUGAAUAUAUCCGGAAAAAGCAAUCAAGACUUUUGGCAACAAAUUUUGUCCGACUUUGCAGCGUUCAUAACAAGUAUAUGAAAGUCAAAACUAAACCGAAACUAAAAUAAACCAGCUACACAAAAUAUGAUAAUGCAAUAAAAACUUAAAUUAAAAACUUUUGUGAUGCUGCAGAGAACAUUUUGCCUGAAGUGUCAAUACGUGGAAAAAUAAAUCAAUUAAAGCGGAAAUUCUAUUUAAUUUGUGAACUGUUCAGUGGUGGUUAUCCCAUGUGCUGAGCACCAGAACAAUAAAAAAUUAUACAAUUUGGAAACCGAAUACCCAAUCGAUAUUGGGGCAAGCCGCAAACAAGGGAUUUAAUCGUGAACUAUACAAAAACAAAUUGAUUCAUAUAAAUACGCACACGGACAGCAAAACAAGCAGAAAAUGGAGAGCAAACACUGGAGCUGCUUUGUGGCCAUUGUGCUGGGCUUGCUAAUAUUCAAAAUGCACAUAUUUGUAGCAUUCGCCGAUCAGGACGAGGAUAUACCGCACAACGAGGUUCGCAAUUGGGCCUUGAAGUUUGGCGUUGACUUGUGGGAGUUCGGACGGCAAUUUACCAAAAUGAACGAGAUCAAAAGUCGCUUCAAGGACAACGACGUCGAAGUGAAGCGCAAGGAUGGCAUUAUCCUGCUGCGGGAAUUGGCCGCCGAGGUGAAGAACUUUAUGGAUUUCAAGCGCAAUGCUGUCAUGCGCCUGAUGGACUCCGCGGAGCAGGCGGCUCUCUCGGAACUGGAGGGCCAGGGGCAGGCGGAAUCGCCAAUGAAUGGGCAGCAGCACUACGAUGCCCGGCGGAUCAACGAGUAUAAUGCCGAUGGCAAGCUGGCGGACGGGGCACGCCACAUGGACAUCCGGUUCAUGCGGCGCUUCGAGCGCCUGCCGGUCAAUCUCAGUCUAAGCUCGAUUCUGGUCCCCCACGGCGUCGACUUGGAUGAAGCGGACGUGAAGUCGGCGCUGCAGUGGAGCGCCCACCUGGACCCGCUCUUCCAGAACAACUUAGAGCAAGAUCCGGCACUCUCCUGGCAAUACUUCGGCUCCUCCACCGGCUUCCUGCGCCGCUUCCCGGGCACCGCCUGGCCCCCCGAGGGCUCCAAGGGCAGCAAGCUCAUCCACGACUUCCGCACCCACAACUGGUUCGUGCAGGCCGCUUCCUCGCCCAAGGACAUUAUGAUUCUUUUGGAUGCCUCGUCGAGCAUGACGGAGAAGUCCUUCGACCUCGGCAUGGCCACCGCCUUCAACAUACUGGACACCCUGGGCGAAGACGACUUCGUGAACCUCAUCACAUUCUCGGAGGUGGUGAAAACACCGGUUCCUUGUUUCAAGGACCGCAUGGUUCGCGCCACGCCCGACAAUAUUCAGGAAAUCAAGUCCGCGGUCAAGGCCAUCAAACUACAGGACACGGCUAACUUCACAGCAGGUCUCGAGUACGCCUUCAGCUUGCUCCACAAGUACAACCAAUCGGGAGCUGGAAGUCAGUGCAACCAGGCAAUUAUGCUGAUUACGGAGAGCACCUCGGAAUCGCACAAGGAUGUGAUUAAGCAGUACAACUGGCCACACAUGCCAGUUCGGAUUUUCACCUACCUGAUUGGCAGUGACUCCGGCAGUCGGAGUAACCUCCACGACAUGGCCUGCUCCAACAAAGGAUUCUUCGUUCAAAUCAAUGAUUACGAUGAAGCCCGCAGGAAAGUGAUCGAUUAUGCCUUGGUGAUGGCUCGUCCGAUGAUCAUGUACCAGGCGGACCAUCCGGUUCACUGGAGUCCCGUGUUUGUGGCGGGAAAGUCCGGAGGAUUGGGACGCGAUUCGGAGUACCAGCGUCGGCUGGUGACGACAGUUUCAACUCCGGUCUUCGAUAGACGAAACCAUUCGGUGCGCGUUGCCAAUCUGCUGGGCGUGGUGGGCACCGAUGUGCCCAUCGAGGAGAUCCGCAAGGUGAUCCCCCAACACAAGCUGGGACCGAAUGGCUAUUCGUUUAUCGUGGAUAACAACGGUCGGGUGCUCUACCACCCGGAUUUGCGACCCCUGGGCGAUGCCAACCAGUACAUCGACCAGCUGAAGCCCAAAUACGCAUCGGUGGACAUCACGGAGUUGGAACUGCCGGAAACGGAAUUUGGCAACAACAACGAAAUUAUUGAGAUAAACAAGAACCUUCUAAACGAGAUGCGAGGUGAUAUGAUCAAACCCAAGGAGGGUGAAACUGAGUUCACCGUAAUGAACCACUACGAUGACUCGAAAAGGGUUUCCACCAGGACGCAUCGCUACUUCUACGGUCCCAUCGAAGAUACACCAUUCACGCUGGCUAUUGUGCUCCCGGAGAAAUACGGUAGCCAUGAGUUUGUCUCCCAACAGGAGAUCCGUCAUUCGCGUAACAAUGUUACCGAAUACUUCAAAGGAGACAACUGGCGCGUACAUCCUGAUUGGGUGUACUGCGAGUACAAUAGCGUCAGCGAUCUGGAGAAGGAGCGGGAGAGUUCUGGGGAGUACUCCUCUCGGGACCAGGAGCCCAGCUUCGGAUCGCCGGAGGAGCAGGUAUUGCACUUUCUAUCGCGUGCUGGAAGACCCGGUUGGAAGUGGAUGUCGGUUCGACCAAAGUCACCGCAGCCACAUCACAACAUGCACAGUGGCUCCAACGGCAAUUCGCCCGGUUCGAGCCACUUUGGGUCGCAGCACCUGAACUCUCAGGGAUCUCGCAAGGCUGAGCCCUACUUCUGCGAUCGAACCCUCAUCCAGAGCUUGGUGCGCGAUGCCAUGGUCACCGAUGGACUCGACAGGAAUACAACAGGAUCCUCCAGCGGCAAGGAAGAUAAACAUCCAAUCGCCACUUUGAUGGCAAUUCUUAAGAGGCAAGGAUAUCAAAAGUUUGUGGUUGCUACUUCGUUUGUGGCUACGAGAUCAGGUCUUCUUCGUUGGAUUGAUCAUGUUAAGCGACCGGAAGACACUCCCGAACCACACUUUAGCGAAGAUAAUGUAAGAGCCAUGGAUACAUCUUGGUACAAGCGAGCCAUCGAUCAGCACUCCGUGGAGCCGGAUAGUUUUGUGUACAGUGUACCCUUUGGAUCGGGCUAUGCUAUAAAGUCGAAUGCCACUCUGGUCACUGCAUCCCAUGCCAUGUUUGUGGAGCAUCGUGGUCACAAAGCUCCCGCUGGAGUUGUGGGUCUGCAGUUCCAGCACGAUUCUCUUGCGAAACAUUUCAUUAACAUCACAUCAGCUUGUACUGGAAUGACGGGCUGCAAGAGAACCUGUGCGUCGGACAAUCUCGACUGCUAUGUUUUGGACAACAGCGGAUUUGUGAUCAUAUCCGAGGAGAUGGAGCAUACCGGCAAGUUUUUCGGUCAGAUCGACGGCACUAUAAUGGACUCCUUGGUUCAGGAUCGGAUCUACAAAAGGGUAACCGUCAACGAUUACCAGGGAGUCUGUUCCGAUGCGGACAAUCCCUACACGGCUGCAGGUGGCAUCCUGCGACCGAAUCGCCUGGGAUCCUGGUUCUUUAACCAUCUUUUGGCCUUGAGUGCCACCUGGUUGUCCUUUAUGCCAGCCUCGCUGAGGGCCUGGCCACAGGAGGAGUAUACCUACGACAAUGAGGAUGUUGUAUUUGUGGAUAACAAUUAUGAAGAUGAAUACGAGUUUGGAAACGAGUACAACAUGCAGGUGGACCAAGAAAUGGAUGAAUUCUUCACCACAGCUGAUGUGGAGUAUACGACGCCACCGCCUAGACAACAUAAACCCCACGUGGGACCUCGAUUUGCACCGGAUCCGCAGAAUGCAAGGCGCUGCGAUCUGCGAACCGAUCUCUACAUGCUCCAGCCAGAGCGACUCAACCAGGGUGGUCAGAACAAUCCACUAAAGGGCAAACUAACCAACUGCCACGUUUCUGGCUGCGAGCGCCCUUUCAGCGUCCAGAAGAUCCCGCACAGCAAUUUGAUCCUGUUGGUGGUGGACACUCUGUGCCCGUGUGGCUCCAAACAAUUGGACAUUGAGCCCAUGGAGGAGGCGGGCAUUGUCGGAGCCUGCAGUACGAGACGACAAGGACAGGAGCAGGAGUCGCGUCGCCGACCCAAGAAGUGCAUCAACUAUCACCCCGAGGAGAUCGAGAUACAGCAAUGUGGGCGUGGCAGCACCCUGUUGCACAUGUCGGGUUCCGUGAUCGUGGCCCAUCUCCUGAUGGUGGCCGUGACCUUUGUGCUGGCCAAUGCGUGAUAUGAGUACUAAAUGGGUCUUGAGCAUUAGGUUUGCACUAUUUUUGUGUCGAAAACAAUAAGCGGAAAGGGCUCUAGAGGGCUCUUGAAUUUCUUUUGAAACGGAGGGUGUUGAUUUGAGGUCGAAAUAAUGAUUGUUAGCAAUCCUCUUUCUUUUAAUUGAGGAGAAAAAAGGUAUAAAGAAAUUAUUAGAAGAUUUGCAAAACGAGUAACGUUACACAGAUAAUUCUGACGAGUUUAUAUCCUUAUGUUUGUAGACAAUAAUUUGCAGAAAAAUAUUUUCAUUGAGAAUUACGCAAAAUGAUAGCUAAACAUCAAUUCUGUAUGUAUGUGUGCAAUAAGAAUAGCAUUUAAAACUAAAUUGUUUAGUCAAGUAUAAAUACUUUUUAGAGCGAGCUUUGUUUACCUUUGACUAAAACUAUUUAUUUUAUCCUCAAUACAAAUUAAGAAAUGCAAAGAAAAGAAACAGUGCAAAAAUCGUUUACUGAAUGAAACCAUGAAGGAAAGCCAGUUAUCAGUCAAAUUAUGUAAAUAGUAUCCAAAAGUAUUCAUAAUGAGCAAAAUUCCUACCGAUAAAUAAUUCGUUUUUCCUUUUUUUUCUAUCGUACAACUUAAAUACUAAAUGAACGGAGUUACUUUUGCACUCAACUGCGUACGCACAAAUAUGAAGUAUUAUAUAUUUUACAACCAAACGAAAUCGAAUUCACUGAACAAAUGGAAGACUUGAAAUACCCGACAGCAAUGUAAAAACAACAAAAGCACACCAGAAACUAAAUUAAAACCAGAACAUAGAUAUAGACAGGUCAUAUCUUAAAUGUACAUGGUUGACAUCAAAUUUUGAACAGAAACAAGCAAAACGAAUAGAAAGAAUAAAAAAAAACAAGUUAAUUAUUGAAUAAAUAUUUGAUUAGUUUUGCAGAAAAUAAAUUAUAAAAUAAAGCGGAGAGGGAAUAAUAAUUUAUUUUAUAUACAUUUUUAUACAAAACCUCAUUCAAAUAACAAGAAGCGAAAGGCGAAAACCUAUAUCGAUCAACUAGGGUAGUCGAUUCAUUAAUUUUUAGACUAUAUCGUAUGUUCUUUUUGUUGUUUUCUUCAUUUAUUAGACCUACAUAGAAAUUUACAUAUCUAUCGGAGUUCUGAAAUAACAAUUAUUUCUUUUCUAAACUAACAAGCAAAACUAUUUCAAAAAUACAAAACUUACUCGAAACACUUACAUAUUCACACCUACACUCACUCACUCUAAACACAAGCAAACAAAAAACACAACAAACAUUUACAAAAUAUAAAGAAAAAAUAUUUUCUGUGUCUUAAACUUGUAUAAAAAAUGUCUUCCAUUAAAAUACUUAACGAAAAAAGAAAUCCAAACAAAGUAAAACAAUUUAUAAAUCAAUAACUACUAAUUAACUUAAACUAAAAAAUACGAUUAUAUAAGGAAAUAUAUAUUAAAACAUUUAACUCGAAACGUCAUUAACCAAGCAUACACAAUUUCAAAACAUUUUCUCUCGGUUGCCUGUUCAGCUUUAAGCUGUCGGUGGCAAGAGGAAACCAAAAAAAAAAAAAAACAAAAACAGAAGAAAACCAAGAACAUUCUUACACCCAUUAGACGGUUAGAUAAUGUAGUUAGUUAGGGCCGGUUAAAGGGCAGCACCGGCAGGAUGAAGAGCAUGCAAGGAGGGAGGAUCCAUACAAGCAUUAGAAGAAAUAUUAGCAGAAUAUUUAAUAUAUAUAGUAAAUAUGUAAUAAACCUAAUUUAACACACCACAUAAACCGAGUAAUCAAUUGUAAGCCGUACGUUAUAAGAGCUGUUUGUUAAACGAUGACAAUGUCGACGGAUUGGACGAUGUUGCAGUGCUGCACGGGUUUGGACACCCGGUCGUAUGCGUAAUCUGAGCUGGAGUGUGUGCGUGAUUGGGUGGGUGUGUUUGUGUUUGUGUGUGCGUGCGUGUGCAUGGCUGGGGACCUUGACUGACUUUAAGUGGCGUGGGUGGGAAUGUGUGAGACAAGACAAUGGAUAUACCUGGUAGGCCACCGAAGGCAGAACACAAUAUACACAAUACACCGUACAGUUAAGAUCGCUAUCCAACAACAUUCCCCUCUCUCUAUAUCCAUCACUCGGCCGCCAUCUUCGGCUACAUUCUCACUCACUCCUGUUCUCAAAUCCACAAUACCACAAAUCCACUGUAAAAUGGCAUUCAAUUCCUUCGCAUAACUUCAACUCGAAGAUAAUAAACAUAUUUAUGUAUUCAACUUUUUGCAAAACAAAAAUUCCAUAUCAGAAUAAAACCAAAAUUAAAAUGAAAACUUUACUGAAGUAUGUAAUAAUAUAAUACGAUAUUGUUCUGCAACAUUUUCUAUGUUUGUUUAUUUUUAUAAGGAAAUCGAAUGUUUGUAUGUGUAGUCCAUAAUUUUCUAAAGGCAUAUGAAAAAUAUUGACAAGAAACAAAAAACGAAUGUAAUGUUUAUUGGUCUUAAUGGAAUGGAAAACAAAAUGAAAAACAAUUAAAUCUACCAUUAUUAACUUACGAUUUAAAUCAAAUUUUUGACAAUGCGAUUUUUGCUUUUUGGAAAUCGUGCUUUUUGCUAAAAACAAAACCGCAAAAUAAGAAAAAACAAAUGAACUACAAUUUAAAUAUGAACACACUUUUGCUCUCUAUAAACCCUAUAUACAUCUUUCUAUAUGGAACAUUUAUAUAAAGCCAUCCGAAAAAAAAAAAAAACGUAUAUAGAACAUGUAAUAAAACGAUCCCUUGAAGAACUUACCCUUUCUUCAAACAUUCUUACAAAGAAUGAGAUGAAUCCCCAGAAACUGUAUAUUAUAAUUUGCCGCUUUUCGUUUCGUUAAAUUUUGUUUAAGUUUUGAUUGCCACACUUAGUACUUUAAUUGAGACCGAAAAGCAUAACAGACAUCAUAUGACAAGUAAGCAUACAUUCAUGAAAAAUAAAAAAGCCAGUUACUGACUUAAACGUUAUUUGGAACCGAAGUCAUUCUAUCAAGUAAUAUUCAACGUUAAUAAAUUCUGUUAUUGCUGUCAAACACAUUUGAAUAUUAAAACUAAAAUAAACACAAGACAACUUUUAAAUUGUGAGAGAAAUUGUUGUUUCAUUAAAUUUGUCAUUAUGAGAUUUGAAAAUAUAAAUGUUUAAUGCAAAACCACAACCGAACGGGAAAAUAUAAAUACGUACACACAUAUAAGUCAUAUACAUACAUUCUGUAUAUUCCAAAGACCCGCAAAAUGGCUUAAAAUAAAUAUCGAAAUUGUUCAAAAAUGCUUAAAAUUUGGAUAAAUGAAAUUUUGGUCUUUUGUUAUACAAAAACAACACACACAUAAACACAUGCUCACCAAGAACAUAAAACUACACCUAUAGACAAAGCUUAUGUUAUUUUGUAUGAAAAGUCUACAAUGAAUUUCGCGAAAUAGUUUAAUAAAACGAAAACUAUUAACAAUUAGUCAAAGAAAAAAAACACAUUUACGAGAAGCCUAACUGUUAAGAAGGAAACGAAGAAAGUAAACCGCAUACUUACAUAAAUUAAUUAUAAAUUAAUAUAAACUUGCUCAUUAUUCUAAUUACAAAGUGGAAAUUAUAAGUAAAUGGUAUACAUAAAUAAUAUAAUUAAAACCAAGUUAAGAUUCAACAUUAAACAGGAAGAUGAACAACUAAAAAUAUUAUAAAUAAAUAAUAUGAACGAAGGAACAGAAAAAAGCAUAAGAAAACAAGAACGAAGAAAUAAAUGACAAAAGGUAUUAUAAAAUAUA